ACAUCAUGGCCGAAGUCCCCGGCGUCGGCGCCGAGCAGGCCGCCGUGGCCGACCCGCCCGCACCAAUGGAGAUCGACGAGGGGCCCAAGCUCAGCGACAAGAUCAGCAUUCUGCCAGGACACGAAAAGGACCUCAGCGCCGCCACGUUCUGCCUGAAGGACGAGGACCACACGCUCGGCAAUGCGCUACGCUACAUGCUCAUGAAGAACCCCAAGGUCGAGUUCUGCGGCUACAGCAACCCGCACCCGAGCGAGCCGAAGAUCCACCUGCGCGUCCAGAUGUAUGACCAUCUCUCGGCCCUCUCGGCGCUGCUGGAUGCCAUCAAGAACCUCGAGGCGCUCUUCGUCACCAUCGAGGAUGCCUACACCGCCAAUCUGUCCGAGGGCAACUACGAGCGGCACAGCGACGAGGUGUCGCCCGAGGCCCUGCGCGCCAUGGAGGAGCGCGGCCGGGCCAUCCAGGCGGAGAAGAAGGCACAGGCCGCUGCGAGGCCAUGAGUGCGCGUCUCUGACCUCGUGUCGCUCCAGCCUCUGUUUCGUACAUCAUCUGUAUACUAGCUCCCACUGCAUUCGUCUCCAAUGUAUCGUCACCCAGG